UCUCUCUCUCUCUCUCUCUCUCUAAUCCUAACCUCUCUCUUAUCUUCGCGGCUGUACGCGAAGCAUCUGGUUUUUGCGAGGAGGAGAAUAUCGAGAAUUUGAGCCAUCAUGAGCCGUUUCUUCGCGACUGGCUCAGAUUCUGAGUCUGAUAGCGCAUCUGAGGAGGAACAGGUGCAAAGGGCGCCAGCGACAGCUUUUACUUUUAGCGAUGACGAGGAAGAAACAAAGCGGGUUGUGCGCUCUACAAAAGAGAAGAGAUAUGAGGAAAUUGCUAAUCUUAUAAAACUUAUUAGGAAUUAUAAGAAAAUUAAAGAUAUGAGCAGUAUGUUAACCAGUUUUGAAGAUUUGAUGCGAGCUUAUCAAAAAGCUUUACCAGUGAUCACAAAGGAGGAACUUGGACAAACUCCACGAUUUUAUGUUAGAUGUUUAGUAGAAAUGGAAGAUUUCAUUAAUGAUGUAUGGGAAGAUCGUGACGGACGCAAGAAUAUGUCUAAGAAUAAUUCCAAAUCACUUUCGACGUUACGUCAAAAGUUACGUAAAUAUAACAAGGAUUUUGAAGAAGAUAUAGCGAAAUUCAGGGAAAAUCCCGAUCAGGAUGACGAUGAGGAGGAAGAAAGAGCCGACGAGAUUAUGGAAUCUGAAGAAGAAGACGAUAGUGCCGUAGCUUUUAAAAAAGCGGGAUCGGAAGCUAGUGAACCGGAUUUGACUAAAUUUAAGAAGGCUGCAACCGAUGGUGAAGAUGGUAGUGAAAGUGAAUCUGAUUGGGGCAGUGAUUCAGACAGUGAGAGCACGAGCAGUGAUGAUGAAGGCCAAUAUCAAAAUAUUCGUGAACGCUUCAUUAAAAAGGCUUUAGCCACAGAGGAAGAUGAGGAUAAAGCGAAGAGAAAAGAACAACGUAAAGAACGCAAGGAGAAGGAGCGAAAGAAGAAACGCGACGAAGAUGAUGGUGAAGGAGAGUGGGAAACUGUCAAGGGUGGCGUAGCUAUUCCCUCUGAGAAGCCAAAGAUGUUCGCUAAAGAUGCGGAAAUUAAUACUAGCGCGGUGUUGAAGAAAUUAUCUGAGAUAAUUGCAGCUCGCGGCAAAAAGCGUACGGACAGACGGGAACAAAUAGAACUCUUGCACGAGCUACAAUCGAUAGCUGACGCACAUAAUCUUGGUCCAGCUGUGGCUGUGAAGAUUAAAUUCUCUAUCGUGUCUUCCAUAUUUGAUUAUAAUCCAAAAGUUUCCGAUGCUAUGAAGCCGGAAUAUUGGUCCAAAAUACUGGAACGCAUUAACGAAAUGUUAGAUAUGUUGUUAAGCAGCGCAGAUAUGGUAAUAGCAGAAACAAUUGUAGAAGAAACGGAAGAAUUUGAAACGCCACCGUAUAAAAUACAUGGCUGCGUAUUGACAUUGGUAGAGCGUCUCGACGAGGAAUUUACUAAAUUACUGAAAGAAUGUGAUCCACACAGUAACGAAUAUGUAGAGAGAUUGAAAGAUGAAAAGCAAGUUGCUGCCAUAAUCGAUAAAGUGCAGGAAUAUUUAGAAAGGCAAGGAACUGUGUCCGAACUUUGCCGCGUCUACUUGCGUAAAAUCGAACAUUUAUAUUACAAAUUUGAUCCAAAUGUUCUCAAGCAAAAGGAAAACAAACUGGGACCAGAUACAAUUACAUCAGUACAAGUUAUGGAGAAAUUAUGCAAAUACGUUUAUGCUCAUGAUAACACCGAUCGAUUAAGAACUCGCGCGAUUCUUUCGCACAUUUAUCACCACGCACUUCACGAUAACUGGUUUCAAGCCCGCGACUUGAUUCUGAUGUCGCAUCUCCAGGAAACCAUUCAACAUUCUGAUCCAGCCACACAGAUUUUAUACAAUCGUACGAUAGCUCAUUUAGGAUUAUGUGCGUUUCGUCAUGCGAAUAUUAAAGAUGCUCACAACUGCUUGGUUGAUUUAAUGGUGACGGGUAAAGUAAAGGAACUUUUGGCGCAAGGUCUGCUUCCGCAACGACAACAUGAACGUAGCAAGGAGCAGGAGAAAAUUGAGAAGCAACGACAAAUGCCUUUCCACAUGCACAUAAAUCUAGAACUCCUCGAAUGCGUAUAUCUCGUUUCAGCAAUGCUUAUCGAGAUUCCGUAUAUGGCUGCGCAUGAAUUUGAUGCGAGGCGAAGGAUGAUUUCGAAGACGUUUUAUCAGCAAUUAAGAUCCAGCGAACGUCAAUCGUUGGUGGGACCACCGGAAUCCAUGAGGGAGCAUGUCGUUGCUGCUGCGAAAGCAAUGCGCAAUGGAAAUUGGUCUGCUUGCAACAAUUACAUUAUAAAUGAAAAGAUGAAUGCAAAGGUCUGGGAUCUCUUCCAUCAAGCGGAGAAAGUACGAGCUAUGCUGACACGAUUAAUCAAGGAGGAAGCAUUGAGAACUUACCUAUUUACGUAUUCGCAUGUUUACGAUUCGAUCUCGAUGCCGAAACUUGCUGACAUGUUUCAGUUGAAACGACCUGUGGUCCAUUCCAUUAUCAGCAAAAUGAUUAUUAAUGAAGAGCUUAUGGCAUCCUUGGAUGAUCCGACAGGUACUGUCGUUAUGCAUCGCAGCGAACCGAGCCGUCUUCAAUCUUUGGCUCUGCAACUCACGGAUAAAGUAAACAACUUUGUCGAUUCGAAUGAACGCAUUUUUGAAAUGAAACAAGGCAACUUUUUCUCAAGAGGAAAUCAAGGCAAUUUCCGCGAUCGUCAAAAUUAUAAUCGCCAAGGGCAGGAUUGGGGCCAGCAGAGGCGUGAUCGCGAUCGCGAUCGAGCAUUUAAGCGUAAUAACGUUUAAUGAACGUGUAACGUUUAAACACUCUCAUAUUAUAAAUAAUAUAUCGAUAAGAAUAUUGUAUACACACAACAA